UGGCUAUCAUAUCAAUCGCCAAUAGAAGAAAGAACAGAACAUGACCAAUAUGACUAGCGGAAUGAAGCAGAGAGAAAAAGAGGGAGUUGAAGAAUUUGAUAAGGAAAAAAUGGAGAGCAGAGGAGUGAAAAGCUGGAGAAAUUUCACGAAGCAAGCUACAAAGAGAAUUUGCAAUUUCCUUGUCAUCCUGUUCUUGAUGCUCUCCAUAUACAUCCUCUCCAACAUCAAGGCUCACUACUGCCAGGCCGCCUAUGGGAAAUUACGUGCACCGCUAAAGCUUGAACAGGCGAGCGCUGAGGUGAAGCAGCUAACAGAAGAAAGCAGGAGCAAUUCAACAGACGACCUAUAUGCUGAAGAUGAAGAUGCUGAAGAAGAUUCUGCCAUCUACUCCCACAAACCAAUUUGUCGUGAAUCAAACAAGAGAUCUGAUACUUGUGAUGCAAGAGGGGAUUUAAGAGUACAGGUUAGCUCCAAUACUAUUUUUGUUAGUUCAGCACAACAAGAAUGGAAGAUAAAGCCUUAUGCUCGGAAAGGCGAUGUUGGUGCUCUUAGCCAUGUCAGUGAAUGGUCCCUCAAACCUUUUGGCUCCUCCACUAAUAACCAACAAAUUCCAAACUGCACUGUAAAACAGACAGUGCUGGCAGUAAUCUUCUCUGUUAAUGGCUAUACUGGAAACAUCUUCCAUGAUUUUACCGAUGUACUAAUUCCCCUAUUCAUCUCCUCUCAUCAAUUCCAUGGACAAGUCCAGUUCCUUGUUACUGAUGUCAAGCAAUGGUGGUUGAACAAGUACAAGUUGAUACUGAAACAUCUGUCUAGCUAUGAAAUCAUCAACCUCCAGAGCGAUGGCCGCGAAAUUAUUCGAUGCUUCCCAAGAGUAAUUAUUGGUUUACAGUUUCACAAGGAGCUCGGUAUAGAUUCAGCCAAGUCCCCUACGGGCUACUCCAUUGUAGACUUCAAAGUGCUGUUAAGGAAGGCAUACGGAUUGGAAAGGGCAGACACAAUGAGCUCUGUGUUCCAAGGGAGCGUAAGAAAGCCUAGGCUCCUGAUCAUAUCAAGGAAACGAUCGAGAUCGUUUGUCAAUGAGAAGGGGAUAGUGGAGAUGGCGAUGAGCCUCGGAUUUGAUGUGAGAGUUGCUGAAUCUGAUUUGAGUACCGAUCUGUCAAAGUUUGGAAGAUUGGUGAAUUCUGCUGAUGUGCUGUUCGGAGUUCAUGGUGCAGGGCUUACAAAUAUGCUGUUUUUACCCGCUGGAGCUGUGGUUAUUCAGGUGGUUCCUUUUGGAGGGCCAGAGUGGUUGGCAAGAGAAACUUUCAGGAAGCCGAUUAAUGAUUUGGAACUCAAGUACUUGGAGUACAGAAUAGAACUGGAGGAGAGCACCUUAAUUGAUCAGUACCCAAGAGACCAUCCUGUUUUGAAAGAUCCAGACAGUGUCACUAAGUUAGGAUGGAAUGCUUUUAGGGAAGUUUAUUUGGACAAGCAAAAUGUUAGCCCACAUUUAGGUAGGCUUAAGGAGACAUUUUUGCAGGCAUUAAAGCUUCUGCCAAAACGCAGUACCUCGGCAAUUUGAAAUUUGUUCUUUUUUACGUUGUAAUUGAUGUUAUUGAAGUUUUUACAUGUCUCAUCAGUUGUA